AGACCGAAUGUCAGUGUGAAUAGACUGGAAUCAUGAAGCUGCACAACGCUCAAACCCUUAUGAUCUCGAAAUCUAUAUCUAUGACUGACAAUUCCUUUCAUUCUCUUGCGUAUUGUACCUUGUUUGUAUUUCUCGCUCAUGAUUUUGUUGGGAUUGUCUGCUAAAUGUGAAUUUCCAACAUUGGAUCGGUUUACAUUGUUCAUGAUUUUGUUUCCACAUUUAUGAACCAAAACCAGAGAGCAACCAUCUUCAAUCAUCUCAAGGAAGCACAUGCAAAGCAUCACGAGCCUCGACAAUGGGAAAAUGCUUCAAUUUUGCAUUACGAAACUAUUUCGUUGACCUCCCCUCUUCGACACAUACUUGCAAUUAUGCUAGAGUGACAACAUGGAACGUCAAAGAAUUUAAGAAAAUCUGAAUCAGAAUCAUACAAGAGGUGAUCACCUUUGUAUUCUAGAUGGUUGCGUUGGUGGUUCAUGAUCAAUUGCGUCCGCAAAUGCAUGAUUUGGAAGGGGCCUCUUUUUCACCUUCUGCAACCAAGUUUGACGCGAGGUCUGAAUAAAACACCUGUCCGCGUUCAAACUCGGCGGCUCUGUCACAGAAAGUCUACUCCACGCAUCAAACUGCAAUGGUAGACAUAGUUUUAGGUGUUCAUCAUUGGGAUUGACAAGUUUCUUCACAAGUUUCAAGAAUACUGUUCGAAAUUCAAGCGUGGAAGUGGAGUAUUAUCUCCAUGUUUGCUGUGAUAGCAGCUUUCUUUCAGAUACGAACUGAGUUCCAGAUGCCUAAAUCGAGUUCCAUGAGUCGAGCAAUGAAUAUCCGAGUGAACAACUGGAGUUUCCUACAUGAAAAGCCUGGGCAAACCUCAGUUCCAACAUUCCUGCACUCGUAUCAACACCAACAUUCGCGAGCCCAUGAAAGCAUCAUAUUCUCACCUCAAUAUGAAUUAUCCAUGUGUAAACAAAGGCUUCCAAGUACCACAUUCAUUGACGGUUGAAGUGGGCAU